GUCGAUUAUCACUUUCGUUAUAAUUAGACACGUGACUUGCGACAAUCGCAGCAUCUUCCUGGUCAUUCCACACCAACAACCAUGUCUUUCAGAAAGAUCGACAUCGACGCAUAUGACGAGGAUGUCCUAUUGGAGGGCGAGCUUUGUGAACCAGAUCCACGCGAUCCCGCUCAGGUCUUAAGCGAUGCGAAACAGAAGCAGGCAGCAGUCCGGAGCACACUAGCCAAGGGGGACAUACCAGGAGCCCUGGGGAUCGCGCUUGACAGCACACCUUAUGGGCCAAAUGUCGAGGACGCUAAGAACCUGACAUUGCAGACCGUUGUUUCGAUACUGAAUAGUACGAAAUCGUCAGAGAUAAACAACGUCGUUAAAGCGCUCUCCCAGGAUGCUCAGGAUACUUUGAUGAAGUAUCUUUACAAGGGUAUGGGAAUGCCAGGCUGGGGUGAUGUGAGCGGCAGCGUGCUCUUGGGGUGGCAUGAAAAGCUGACGGAAGUCGCUGGCACUGGAUGUAUUGUACGAGUAAUGACUGACCGAAGAACUGUAUGAAUUAGCAUGCCGCCGCCGCCAUAGCGUCAGACAUAUAGUAUAAUGGGUUUCAACUGUGCGACAGAAUCUCCAGCAUUCUGAUUGACAUGGAAUCUACUCAAGCAUUAACAAGACCUACAACGUUUCAGAUUCGACUACAAAUACAUUUACGAAGAACGUCGCAAUAUUAUAUCGGGCCCUAGUAUUGAUACAGUCGCUGUUGA